CCCGUGCGAGUGUCUCCCUCUCCCUCUCGCUCCCUCUCUCUCUCCCUCUCUCUCUCUUUUGUGAGUUAUAGCAACCGUUGCCUUGUGAAUCAAGCGCCAUAGUCACCGUAGUCCUGGCGACUGUUACCCAUCAACAACAACUACUCCUCUCCUCCUCCUCCUCUUCCUCCUCCUCCUCCUCCUCCUCCUCCCCACCACCACCAUCUCCAUCACCCACCAACAACACCACAAUAAUCCACAGCCAAGAGACCAUCAUGCAGACAUCAGAGACCGGGUCGGACACAGGUUCGACAGUGACUUUACAAACAUCUGUGGCUAGUCAAGCAGCAGUGCCUACGCAGGUGGUGCAGCAGGUACCAGUACAACAGCAGGUACAGCAGGUACAGACUGUGCAGCAGGUACAACAUGUUUAUCCAGCUCAGGUGCAGUAUGUGGAAGGAAGUGAUACUGUCUAUACCAAUGGAGCAAUCCGAACAACAACUUACCCUUACACAGAAACCCAGAUGUACAGCCAGAACACUGGAGGGAAUUACUUUGACACUCAAGGGAGUUCCGCACAGGUGACUACCGUGGUCUCGUCCCACAGCAUGGUGGGCACUGGUGGGAUUCAGAUGGGCGUCACAGGAGGACAACUCAUCAGCAGCUCCGGAGGAACCUAUCUGAUUGGCAAUUCCAUGGAGAAUUCUGGUCACUCAGUGACACACACGACGCGGGCCUCCCCAGCGACAAUUGAAAUGGCGAUUGAGACGCUGCAAAAGUCUGACGGUCUGUCUACUCACAGAAGUUCUCUUCUCAACAGCCAUCUCCAGUGGCUGCUGGACAAUUAUGAGACAGCAGAAGGAGUAAGCCUUCCCAGAAGCACUCUGUACAACCACUACCUUCGACACUGUCAGGAACACAAACUGGACCCAGUCAAUGCUGCCUCUUUUGGAAAACUUAUAAGAUCAAUUUUUAUGGGGCUACGAACCAGAAGAUUGGGCACUAGAGGAAACUCCAAGUACCAUUACUAUGGGAUUCGUGUCAAGCCAGAUUCCCCCCUUAAUCGUCUGCAAGAAGAUAUGCAGUAUAUGGCUAUGAGACAACAACCCAUGCAACAGAAACAAAGGUACAAGCCUAUGCAGAAAGUGGAUGGGGUUGCAGAUGGUUUCACAGGAAGUGGUCAACAGACAGGCACAUCUGUUGAGCAAACUGUAAUUGCCCAAAGUCAACAUCAUCAGCAGUUUUUAGAUGCAUCUCGAGCCCUUCCAGAGUUUGGAGAAGUUGAAAUCUCUUCCCUGCCAGAUGGUACUACCUUUGAGGAUAUCAAGUCACUGCAGAGUCUUUAUCGAGAGCACUGUGAGGCAAUAUUGGACGUUGUUGUGAAUCUCCAGUUUAGCCUGAUAGAAAAAUUGUGGCAAACAUUCUGGCGCUAUUCUCCCACGACUCCAGCUGACGGCACUACCAUUACUGAACCAAGCAAUCUGAGUGAAAUAGAAAGUCGACUUCCGAAAGCAAAGCUGAUAACUCUGUGCAAACAUGAGUCUAUCCUGAAAUGGAUGUGUAACUGUGACCAUGGGAUGUACCAGGCUUUGGUGGAGAUUCUCAUCCCCGACGUCCUUAGACCUAUUCCUAGUGCCUUGACCCAAGCCAUUCGAAAUUUUGCAAAAAGCCUUGAAGGUUGGCUUUCCAAUGCCAUGAACAAUAUUCCACAGAGAAUGAUACAAACCAAGGUUGCCGCUGUAAGUGCCUUUGCCCAGACUCUGCGAAGAUACACGUCUCUCAAUCACCUGGCCCAGGCAGCUCGCGCAGUGCUUCAGAACACGUCCCAAAUCAACCAGAUGCUCAACGACCUCAACCGUGUCGACUUCGCCAACGUCCAGGAGCAGGCUUCCUGGGUGUGUCAAUGUGAUGACAACAUGGUUCAGAGACUAGAAACGGACUUCAAGAUGACGCUACAGCAGCAGAGCACUCUGGAGCAGUGGGCCGCGUGGCUUGACAAUGUGAUGAUGCAAGCCCUGAAACCCUACGAAGGAAGGCCCAGUUUCCCAAAAGCCGCCCGGCAGUUUCUGCUAAAAUGGUCUUUCUACAGCUCAAUGGUUAUUCGGGACUUAACCUUACGCAGUGCUGCUAGCUUUGGCUCCUUCCACCUGAUCCGUCUACUCUACGAUGAGUAUAUGUUCUACCUGGUGGAGCACCGUGUUGCUCAGGCAACGGGAGAGACACCCAUAGCAGUCAUGGGUGAGUUUGGUGAUUUAAAUGCUGUGUCUCCUGGAAAUCUGGAUAAAGAUGAAGGCAGUGAAGUAGAAAGUGAAAUGGAUGAAGAACUGGAUGAUUCUUCAGAGCCUCAAGCCAAAAGAGAGAAGACAGAGCUGAGCCAGGCCUUCCCCGUGGGUUGCAUGCAGCCUGUUCUCGAGGGCGGUGUGCAGCCCAGCCUCCUGAACCCCAUCCACAGCGAGCACAUUGUCACGAGUACGCAGACUAUCAGACAGUGCAGCGCCACAGGAAACACCUACACUGCCGUCUAAGGAAGACGCCAGCGUAUUUCUCCAUCUUACACUAGCCCUCUUGAUACUGGGCUUACGUGGAAAAUUCAAGAAGCCUGAAGGUCGACUGUUGUCAGAUUCUAUCUGUGCUGAACAUUACCUUCUAUGGAGUUGUGAAAUGGAAUGGGUGUAUGUAUUUUGCCAGGUCUUUUUUUUUUUAACGUAAACAAAUUAUUUGCCUCUUAAUAAUAAGAGUCCCCCCCCCCCCUCCUUAGUUUCAGGUGUCGAGAAGGAUUUUUACAACACUUAAUGUCAAUGUUUUUUGUUUUCUUAUAAUUAAAAAGUAAUUUACAUUUUUGUAGCUGAAAAUAUUUUAUUGUUGAUUGUUAGUCUUGGUGUAUGAUUUUACGUGUAAGUUUUAAAUUAGAUGCACUUCUGUGAAAUAUCAAAAGAAUGAAUUUCUUUGAUUGACACUGGAGGCAUGCCCAUUUGGCAGCAGAUGCAUCAGAUUUGCUUUGGAAAGGUGCUUGUCGUCGGACAGAACCGUAAGACACUAUUUUGAUAACUUUUUGGAGUAUGGAAAAAGAAUACAGAGCAUUUUUAUAAUAGUGCUAGAGGGUUGGAAAGGUCAUUUAUUUUUCUCUGAAGAAAAAUUGAGCUGUGCGUUUAGCAGUUCAGAGUAAAUGACAGAAUUGCAAGAGAUUAUGCUAAUAUGUACAUAAUUUGUGUACAUAAUUAUUAAACCAUGUUAACAAUGCAAGCUUCCGUUAAACAUUGAAUUUUAACCAUUAUUUGCAUACCAAUUCCUCUGUUAAAGACUACUGAUUCUGUAUUUGGGACCACUGCACAGAUGCAUUCUGCUGUUAAGUGGGGCAGUUAGUUAGAUACUGAAGCUGAAAAAAUGACUUGACUUUUUUUUUUUUUUUAAGUGUACAUGCUACUUAUGCUGAGCUGGACAUACAGGAAACCAUUCCAUUUGGAUGACUUUCUUUUAUUCCAGGUCAUUUUUCCUAAUAGUAGUUCAAUAUGCUGCUAUUAUAAAAGAAAAUUUAUAGAAUGCAAGGAAUGUAGCAACCUGCAUAUCGUUAUUUCCUUCAAAAAUAUUUCCUGGUUUCUAAAGUACAUGGAUUUAAAUUUUAACCAGAACCUGAAGGCAGUGUAACUGGCACACCUCACUGUUACUGAUUCCCAAUUCUGUAGGAUUUGGAUAGGUGGCUGGAUGGACCAUUGCCAUUGAAGAAUGUACAUCAGGGAUCAUCGUACCUCGGCUAUUACAUGGUGCCUUAAAACAGAACUGAAGCUAAGGUUUAGUAAGGUUUAUUUUGUUCAUGUGAGUAACUCUUCAAUCCAUUUGACAAAGUGUGCCUGUCAUUUUCAGAUUCCUGAAGUUAGGACGGGUUACAUGUUCUUCAAAGGAAAUUUAGGGAAAACAAAAAGACAAAAAUCAGUUUCCCUCUUUGAGUGACCAUGAGCCUAUUUUUUAUUCUUAGAGCUGAUUAUUACUUGAUUACAGAUCACAUUGCUUAAGGGUGUGAAAUAGCAGGCUAGUUUUAAUACCAACUUGUUAUGUAAAUUCAUCUAUGUUUUAGACCAUUCUUAUCUAGGUACAGUUCUAGAAAGCUAACAAGAUGAGCAGGUACUUAUCGAAGUGCAUCUUUUCAGUCUAGGCGUUUUUGUCUGUGUGUUUAGGUGUCCACAUGCACACCUUGGAGCCGGUCGGGCAGGAAUCUGCGACACAGUCAUGUCAGAUCCUGGAGAGGGUGCACCCACCCCUUUUAAUUUUCAUGAGAAGCCAAGGUUCUUCCAAGCACUCACAUUAUUAACAGCAACAACAGCAAAGGCACAUCCUUUCAUUGAAAUUAUUGUAAAACUCAAAGCAGCAAAAAUGAAGCCAAAAAGACAGAAAGAAAGCACAAAAUUAUUUACAGAUUAUUGAUGAGGCCUAUAGUAAAUUCAAGAUGUUUACCUUUCCAGUUGU